GAGGACCACGGUCUGUAAAAACAUCUACUGACAGCAGCGCUGACAGACCUGUGAACGUCACAUGCACCUGGACGCGUCCUCCUGAGCUGGAGCGGCUGGAUGUCAGAGCUGUGGCGGGGGGAGUGUGCGCCGCCCUGCGCCACACGGAGCUGCUGCUGCUGCUGGUGAUGCUGCUGCUGGUGAUGCUGGUGAUGCUGGUGAUGGAUGGACCGAGCGCAGCGGAGCGAUAGGGCGCAUUUCUUAAUUCCUCUCCCCACCUCCCACCCCCCCUCACCCACUCACAGCCCUGGACACGCGACGAGACCGCGGGACCCGCCGCCCGUGCCCCCCGCUCACACGCACACGCCAGGAUCGAUCCGAUGUAUUAUUUACGACCCAAACUUCUUCUGCAACUUGUGCCCCGGAUAUGGCUCCCGCUUUGAGGAGUGGACGCGCGGCGGCGGAGCCCGGUGUGUGCCCGCAGCGGAGCACGGGCAGCGGCGGCGGAGGAGGAGGAGGAGGGGACGGGAGGCGCAGGUGGUGCUGGCGCGGAGCCGGUGGAAGAAGCGUGGCCGCAAACUGCCUCCUGACCGCGGGGAUGCUCUCACUGCUCGUCCGGUGCGCUACGGCCGCAGAGGAAAAACCCACCUUCGACGCCUCUGGCUCCUUGUCUCUACCGAGCGACCCCACAGCCACAGCAGCUCCCUCUCGCCCUUUGACUGACCUGUCGGCGGUGGAGGUGGUGCCUUUCUCGGCCGCUCAUUCAGACGGUGACUCAGAGUCGGAGGGGGGAGGUUUAUCGGGGCAGCCUGCCUUCUCCUCUGUCUUAACUGUCAUGGCAGGAACUGUCAAGCAUCCAGUGAGCCUUGAUCAAAGUAGAACCUCGCCGACUGCCACCAGGGACGAGACACACACCACCCAAUGGCCUUCACAUAGUUUCAGCCGUGGCUCAGAGAUGUCUUCCUCACUGUCGUAUGCGGGAGAUAGGAUCCCCCCCUCCGGCUCAGAGGCGGCGGGGACAGAUGAGUUAAACGCUGGAACAUCCCGAGCGAUCGCACUCACCUUCCUCAAAGAAAAAGAGGCCGGUCUGUCCCCGUCUCAAUCAGACAGAAUCAUGCUUUCCGCUGCUCCCACUGAAAUGUCAUCUCAGGUACCGCCUCUGACGCCCCCCCUGGACACCACCACAGCCUCGCUGAAGCUCACCACCACAGCCGCAGCUUCAACCACCAGGAGUCAAUAUACUCCCACCACUAGCACGCCUUCCCUGAGAGUCACCGCUGGAACCACGGAGUCCACCGCCAUAACCACUCAACAGCCCGCAGCUGUUACCAGGAGAACCACCACCACCACCGUCAGGACUCAAACCAGAAGAACGUUCACUCCACUUGUCCCGAGAACAAGCCCACCAAGGGGAGCCACCACCACCACCUUCAUCUCCCCUUUCACAACGACCACCGAGGCUCCUCCACAGCAGUGCAACAUCACGGAGAGGAUGUGGGUGAAAACAGUCGUGUCCAUCUAUGUGAGGAGGAACAGGCUGGACAGCAUCCAGAGACAGAACCUGCGGAGGGGACUGAGCCAGGGCCUCCGAAAAGCCCUGAAUGAUACUUCUGCACAAGCACAGGUGGAAACUGUGUUUGGCUCUCCCAACAUGACAGUGGCUUAUCACGUGACUGGGGGGGAUAUUGUCUACCCGCCCUCUGUAGUGCUGGAAGGUUUGGAGUCCUACGGUCGUGAUAAGCUGAUUGCAGACCUGCGACAGUAUCUCCCCAUGGUAACAGCCCUGCCCCUCCCAGCUGCAUUAUGGAGAUCAGGCCCUGCCACUGGCUUCCAGCUGAAAACAGUGCUGCAGUUUGUGGGAGCGGGUGAUAACCCUCGGUCCUGUCGAUUCUCUCAAAUGAUGGAGCAGAGGCUUGAGAAGGUGUUUGCAGAAGCACAGGCCAAAGUUCUCAGCACUAGCAGCAGGCUCUCUGUUCAGAUGUUGAGCGUCACUCAAGCAGCAGGCUCUCCUGCUGUGUCACUGGUCUACACUGUGAGUAAUGGCACUGUCUUCCUUAAUGGCACCACUGCCUCAAAUCUCCUCGGUCAGCUGUCAGCUGAGCUGGUGGGCUACUUCCUCUUCUAUCCGCCACUUAUCAUCGCUGAGCCACUGGAGUAUCACAAUCUGAACACGUCCAUUGCCACCAGAGACUUCUGGGUUAUCACAGUGAUCCAGGACGUGGAUAACGCCAGCCUGGAGGGACAGUACCAGAGCUUUGCCAGUUUAAUGGAGCAGCGACUGGCCGAGCUGUUUGUGUUGGCCGGCCAGCAGGGCACUCGCUUUAGACGAGCCACUACUUUCGGCAGCUACACUGUCCAGAUGGUGAGCAUCCGUCGGGUGUCAGGGUUGAAGAAUCCAGCAGAGAUGACCUACUACAUCCAGCACAACGGCGUUCCCUUACCCGGCACGUCAGCGGCCAAGGUCCUGAACACAGUGGAUUCUCAGACCAUGGCGCUCACCCUGGGCUACUUUGUCCAGCUGCAAGCAGAACCUGUGGUCAAGAACCCUCCUAAUAACCUCUGGAUAAUUGCUGCAGUGUUGGCGCCCAUCGCUGUGGUCACCCUCAUAAUCAUCAUUAUCACAGCCGUGCUGUGCAGGAAGAAUAAAAAUGACUUUAAAGCUGACGCCAUCGGCAACCUCAAUCCCAGAGCUAAGAUGACGUAUCGCAGAGAUGUGGGCUAUUAUCACCAGCCGGUCCAGGGGUUCGACUAUGCCAAGCAGCACCUGGGCCAGCAGGGAGGGGACGAGGAGACCCUGCCUGUCAGUCAGGAUACAUUAGUCAUGUCCCUGCAGAUUCGAGACACGCCGCUUGCUCUAGAAAAGGCCCUGCAACAAGACGGAACCGCCAACAAGAAAAGCCUCAGCGUUGACAAACGUAAAAGCAAGUUGCCGAGCGAGGACGGUUCCGUCAUCAGCAACGAAUCAGAGAAGCUGAAUUCCGGCAGGGGCUUGACGGCGCCGAAAGUCACAGCUCAGCAGAAACUGACAAAGGAGGAGACGCGCAAGAGGGACGAUCCAUAUGACUCCUCCUCUGGCUCCCUGCAGCUCAUUUCCAUAAAGCCUGUGGUGGCUCAGCCCAGCUACUCACACCCUGCAUCGUCUGUCCGCAGCCACGACUCAGCCAUUGUCAACGGAGAGGUGAACUUGGCUCUGAAGCAGAAGUCCGACAUCGAGCACUACAGGAACAAGCUGAGGCUGAAGGCCAAGAGGAAGGGCUACUAUGACUUCCCCUCCACCGACGGCAGCAGCGGCAGUCGAGUCCCGGCGCAGAGACAGCGGCACGGCCAUGAGAGGGCAGCCGGUGAGCAUGGCAGACCACUGGAGCCUGAUGAUGAGCGAGGUUCCACUUAUGUCAAGUCUCACAGGAGGCACUCCCAGGUAGGGCAGACGGCCUAUCGCAGCCGGCAGAGUCUGAGCAGUCCGAGUCCUGGAGGGACGGAGAUGGACCUGCUCGUUAUGAGGGAGCGACCCAGGAGAGGCAUCCGCAACAGCGGCUAUGACACUGAGCCUGAGUUGAUUGAAGAGACGAAUGUUGACCGUCUAAUGGGUCCGCGGGGAUACAUGUACGGCCGGGGCCUGAAAGGCCACUCAGAGACGUCUACUCUGAGCUCACAGCCGUCCAUUGAUGAAGUGCGGCAGCAGAUGCACCUGCUGCUGGAGGAGGCGUUCAGCCUGGCCUCAGGGGGACAGUCCACUUCCGGACGGCAGUCCCACCACCACAACCAUCACCAGCCCCCUCCUGACCACUACAACCCUACCCCGCCUCCCCUCCCCUACGUAGAUGUUGUGACCAGUGCUCCGGGCACGAUGAACUGUGGGCGAGGGGGUCUGCAGUGGGUACCUUCAUAUGGUGCAGACGUGUAUCAGUGCAGCCUGCCUAAACCAGCCUUUCGCUUCACCCAGCUUCCUGAGAUGGCCAUGGGUUCUCCUCCCCCUUUACCACCUCGCACUGGACCUCCGCCUGGGGCCGCCUUAAGACGUUCCACUUCUGACUUGGGGCCUAAGGGAAGGAGCUCAGAGACAUCUGUCACUGAAAUGCAGAGUCGACACGACAACAACCCAUAUGGGCUAACAACCAGAGCAGCACUUCCAUCUAUCACUGCAGAGCAGCCUCUGUCUAACUACUCAGGAAACCCAAUAACAGCCGUCUAUGCCAUCCCAGCCUCCAGGUCCGCCUACUCAGAAUACUUUCUGUCCACACCACCCACCUCCUACCACAGUCCCUCCUGGAUGUCCUAUCCACCUGAACCUGAGGAUGUACCACCACAGUGGGCAGACUCUGUGCCCCUGCCUGGGUAUGUCGAGGCUUUUCCUCAUCCUCGCUACCCACAGGGGAGCCCCACCAGGCUGCCGCUGGAGUACAACCAGGCACUGGAGCAGCCGUCCGUUGCCCCAAGCACAGCAUCCCAGCAAAGCCUUCCCCAGGUGGUGAAGGACGUGGACAGCAUGCCCCUGAGCAGCCUCUCCACCUCUGCACUCGUGCAGGCCAUCCGGCAGGAGGUGGCCAAGCUGGCGAAGAAACAAAACGAGAUGUUUGAGUUUUAAUCCUGCCCCCGCGUGUGCAGGAGUGGGUUAACUGUGUCUUCAGUGGCAGAAGCGGUACUCCUUCAGACUGAUUUUUGAUGUUUGUACUGUAGAACAACUGAACUUCUUUACCCACUAAUCGCCCACUGAUUGGUUUCUUUUCACUCUCUAUUAGUGUUUUUCAACUGCUGACUUCAAGGAACGGAAGAUUGUUGUUGUUUUUUAUUUAGAAAAAAAAAUCCUCUAACAAUGAUGUCCCAGAUAACUGCAUCAUGAAUCUCUUAAUAGGAUAUGCUAAAUAUGGGUAAUGCAUUUUUCCAGUUUCAGACUUUUUUUGUGAAUCAGCAUCGGCUGAGAAGAGGAAAGUAGCAUUACUGUCUGAACUGAGAGGACCAAAUACUUCCUGUCAGAUGUUUAAGUGUAAACCGCAGUGUAUAUAAAGUAUAAGGACAUCAUGUAUCUUAUCUCUUUUUAUAGACCAUUAAGUUCAACUAGGACGAUAUGAAAAUCAGUUCAUACCAAAUCAAACUACUAUUCACUUUUUUUUAAAUCUUUAGUUUACUUUCAUAUCACACCAUAAAAGUAACAAACACUGACUUUAAUGAUCUGUUUUUUUAAUUGAUCAUAUUGAUUUAAACUGUACUUCCUUAGUUCCUAGUUAAUGAUCAAAUGGAAUCAAUCUAGUAUAUUUGUAUCAGUUUUUUUAGUUUAACCAAACUGAAAAUCUAAUUUUAAGCUGCAUCAAUGAUGAUGUGACAUGUAGCUGGAAAUGUUUGCGUUUGUGUAUCUGAAACAGAUUGAAGCUUUUAUCCUUGAUAUAUAUGAUUGGGUGUGCACGAUGUUCAUUGACAUGGUUGACACAGGCAUGUCCGAUUAAAAGUAAUGGCUGGUUAUUAAUUAAUUACUAUUGUUAAAAUACUUAAAGACAAAGAACUAUUUCUUAAUGACUUGGAAGUCAUUAUAAUGAUUAAACAUUCAACUCCAACAUCUUUGUCCAAAAUAUAAUUCCCUUUGCUGCUGGUAACAGUGCCACAGCUUCUUAUAAAGGUGGGUUCAUCGUUUGUUUACUGCGCCUCGAGGCAUCUUAACGAUCUUAAUGAGUGCACCUACCUUCCUGUUCCUGUGGGUCUCUGAGCUAAUGAGAGGUCCUGGUCCUGCAUUAUCACUCCUGAGCUUUGAGUAAACAUUGUGAAUGCCUGCCUGAGAACUGACUCAAGCUGACUGUAGACUCCUCUGCAAAUUGCAUAUAUGCUGAGGCUUAAAAUAUAAAUUUUGACAUAAAUGUCAACUACACCAGUUAUUCAAUUUUACAUCUUCAAUUUUGCUGCCCUGAAUGAAUUUAUUUAUUCAGAUGGAUGUAGCUACUUGUAUAAGGGAGAAUGUGGCUUGUCAUAAAGGAGGGAGGUUUACAUUUUUUUUUACUUAAAGCUGAACGUAUUGCACAUGAAUGACUCGUCAACCUAAUUCUUUUUUUUAAAUAAGACUAAGGCCCCUAUAGAAGGGCAGUGCACAACAUAAGAUGAUGAACUAUCCAAUAAAAUAAAGGUCAUUUAGUCAUUACAACAAGAUGUUUGCUUUGGGAAAUGGAAAGUUGUGAAUCCACUGCAGAUGGUGGCAUGGUGGCCAACAGACAGGGUGCUGCAAUAAACAGUGAGAUGCCUACUUUUACUAUAUUAUUGCAAAUCACAUGGAAUGCUAUGCUAAUAGUUAAAAUGAAUUCUGUUGUUGGAUGUCUGUCAGCUGUGACUUGGGAAAGAGAACUAUGAGUGGCAAUGACUUUAAAUAUUUACUUCUUUUUUUGGAAUAUUAUUACAGGAUUAAUUUUGGUUUUUUUCGUUAGGAUUUGUGGACAAACCCUUAAAAAAUGAACGUCUUUAAAACAACUAAAUCUUCAGUCGAACUUGUUUUCCCAAGAUUCCUUUCACUCAUUCAGAGGAGCACUUAUUGUCUUAAGAAGUGUACGAAAUACAGUAAAACCAUUUUUGUGUAUACCAGAAGUGAACACAUUUCCACACUCUCAUGCUGGAUAAUGGAGAAAACUUGAUGAAUAAAAGGGGUUUAUUGGUUUAUUUAUUCUAUGAAAUGAAAUUUGAGGUAAGCUAAACCUUUUAAACGUCAUUGUCUUUUUGUCUUCCUGACUGUUUUUUUCAUUUCCUAUUCAUCUGCCUGAAAUUGUUAUAUUUGAUGUCCCUCUGAGGUUGAUCUGACGGAGAUACCUUGAGACAGAUGGAGAAUGAAAGAAAUAUUAGCCUAUACAUGAUUAUAAUUCAAUAAAAGACUUUAAUAGAG